CAGAAAUAGAAAUGUUUUAUUCAUUUUCCAAGAACUCCCAACAUAGUUAAAUACUGUGCAGUCCAAAUUAGAUUUAGAUCACAAAUAUUCAACAAAAAUGACAAAAUUAAAACGGAAUUAGUCACUUGUACAAACUCUCACCAUUAGUGCUAGUCUUGCACCCCAAUUUCUAGCUUUCUCUAGAGAGUCUGGUACACUCAGUCACUAAAAGUGUCCUUAAAAUGGCUAAUUGUACGACACUGCAGACGACCAACCACAGACCUUCCCACAGCAAACGCAUGAGAUGUCUCAUUUACCAGUUUCAAACAGUUUUUAAAGACGACAUUCUGUGAAUUUCUUUUCAGUCCGAUGAUAUUUACUUCUUCUGAAAAGCUUGCGUCAUUGUUCAAAUGUUCAAAAGUUAGAAAGUGGAAAACACAAAUGGCAUGUACGCAAAAGUGUAGAGGCCCAAACAGAUUACAGCCUUCAAGAUCCUGAAGCUUGCUGCCAGAAAAGUAUACAAUAAGGCAAUAGAGCAUCAGAGGCUGAGACUAACUGUGACAAGACCAGAAGCUACACUGCUUGUUCCCCCAAUACCAAGUAAUGCAUAGGGGACACUAAACAACUUUCAAAAUCCCAUAAUUGCUGUACUUUUAAAUGCACUAAACAGCAUUUACCUCUUGCAGUGUACACAGACUGCUCAAAUUAAACAUGUUUCAUCUACAUGGAUCCAUACUAAAGAGAGCCUAAUACCAAAACUCUCACAAAAGAGGCAUGAACUGAUUAUGUGACUUUACCAGAGGGAGUUGCUCAUUGCUGUUUUGUUGUAAAUGUUCUUUCAUUAAUAAGUAUUUAUAACACCAUGUAGCUUGGUAAAGAAAAAAAACAUUUUGAUUAACAUUUUUUUUAACAUUUUAACAUUUUUAGCUCAAGCAUAUAACACUGACUGUACUUUUUUUUUUUUUUCAAAAAUCCCUGCAUCAAUGUAAAAGCCAACACAGCACACAUGCCACAGGUCGCCAAUAAUGGAGGGCUUUAAGGUCUCAGGCAGUGAAAAUGUGCUGAGUGUGACGGAAAGCAGAGAAAUGCUAGAGCAAAAUGAACAGCUUCCACCAGGCAUAUGGGGGAAAAAAACGAGGAUGCAUCACUCUAAAAUUCAUCAUUUAAUGAGGAACAAGGAAUCUUGCCUCCUGCACAGCUGUACUUCAGCUGUACUUCAGCUGUAUUUCAUGUUUUCUUUCAUUUUUUUUUUUUUUUAAUGAAUGAGUAAAUUGUUGCAUAACUCAGAUAGGCUGCUUUCACUACAUGAACAUGGACAAAAAGAACAAGUUAAAAACAUUAGCAAAGUUCUUAUUUCUCUUUUGUUUAGGUAAUGGUAAUACUUCUCAUUUCUAGACCAGAGGAACCAUUUUACGACUCUUGGCCUGUUUCACUUCAUGUAUACAGCUAUAAGAACUACUACACAUUUCCUGUGUGUACUUAACAUAGACACAUAAAAUGAUCAGCAUGUACAGGAAUACACUGCAUUUCUUGCACAGAAACAAUAUACACUCAAGUUGAUUUUAAGACUAAAAAGAAAAACAAUCACUUCUCCCCCUAAAUAUUUUAGGUCGAAAUGUGUACAUGAGCUUAUUUCGACUCUUUUUCCAUCUUUUACUCACAGAAGUAGUUUGAAUCGAUCUGCAUGCAAAUGCAAGUGUGUGAACAGUGUGUUGCAAACAUGCUUCUUCUGAAAGUUCAGCUUCUAACACCUCAGUUAAGCUCUGGUCAUUUUCUCUCCUGAACAUUGUACGUGCUCUAAAAUAAAGACGCUAAAAGUCCUUCGAGUCCAUUGUUUCGUUUCUAGCAACAUAAUCAACAAGACUAGAAGCUACAUUGCUUGUUCCCCACAAUACCAAGUAAUGCAUAGUAAUGCAUAGGGGACACUAAACAACUUUCAAAAUCCCAUAAUUGCUGUACUUUUAAAUGCACUAAACAGCAUUUACCUCUUGCAGUGUACACAGACUGCUCAAAUUAAACAUGUUUCAUCUACAUGGAUCCAUACUAAAAAGAGCCUAAUACCAAAACUCUCACAAAAGAGGCAUGAACUGAUUAUGUGACUUUAACAAAUGGAGUCACUAUCUUUAAUGUUCUCAACCCAUGAAUUCACAAGAACUAAAUCCACACAAUGAUUAAAUUACACUACAGAUAAGUGUUUGCCAGGUCAUCGAGGCAUCGCAAGUUCCAAUCCUGAGUGCCAUCCUGGAAGGGGCCGUGUUCACUGAGUGGGAAUCACUGCCUGUUGAUUAGAGCACGUCAGUGAUCGAAUAUAUACUGAAGUGGUCAGUUAGUGCUCUCCUCCCAGCGUGUCUGGCCACCCUCUGAUGUUGUGAUUAAAAAAAAAAAAAAAAGAGAAAUAAUUUCAUAUUAAGCUACCUUUCCUGUUUUUCCUGCUUGCACUCAGAAUCCCUGGAUUAUAGGGCUGCAACGAUUAGUCGUCAACAUCGACUAUAAAAUUUCGUCGACGUGAAAUUUCAUUGUCGACACGUCGUAUUAUUUAAGCAGCCUCAUUUAACUCAUGACUUAAUACUUCUUCGUUUACUGUCUACGAUAAGAACACAUGCAAAUGAAACUGCAAUGCACCGCAAGAAGUGGUGGGGGCAGUAGCGUCUUUUAACCAUUUGCGUCCUAAAUCAAUCGAUCAAUCAGUGAAGAAGUAUAACACAGAGAUCAACAAUGGCAGAGGCUCCGGCUCCGUGUGAGCAGAAUGUAAUGAACUUGAGGCCGCGACUAUCUAAAGUCUGGGAGUUUUUUAAAGAUAAUAAAAAUAAUAAAGUCAAGUGCACUGUCUGCAAUGUAGAGUUGGCCUACCACGGCAGUACAACGGCGAUGCACAAGCAUCUUAAGCGAAAACCAAAAGUUCCAGAUGGGUAAGUUUGCAGUUUUUGGUUUACUUUUUGGAAAAUGCGUCUUUCAGUCUAGAGUGUCAUAAAGUAUAUUUAGGCCUUUUCAUGAAAGACGGUGUUGAACAAUGAGCGCGCUUACAUGCAGGGACUAACGUUACUCCAGUUAUAAACGAAAUAGUGGCGAUAUUCGAACAUAUAAACCGAACAUCGCCACUCUUCCGUUUAUAACCGGACUUGUCCCUGCAUGUAACUGCGCUCACUGACUGAAUGGUAACGUUAGUGUCUCGUCCCUUAUGUUAAUAUUGUAAGCUAAAUUCAAACUGUCACCUCGCCUACUAAUGUUAAAGUUAUUAACUUUAUGAUGUAUGAUGUAUGAUAAGAGAGAUAAGGUAGAUAGGCUGUUGUAGAUAAAACAAGUAUGAACAUAAAUAAUCAUUAUAUAAAUUAUAAAUAAUAAAUUAUCAAUAUUUUUUUCCAUUUUCAUUUUACCACUUUAGAAGUUCAAAGCAAAGGCGUGUGGAUGACUUCGUCCUGCGGAGAGGCAUUUGCACCCCUGAAACGGCCAGAAUUCUCACUAACAGCCUUCUAAACAUGCUGGUCUACGACAUGAGGCCUAUAUCAAUGGUGGAAGGCGAGGGUUUCAAGGAAAUGAUUCAUACAACUAUGUGUUGCCUUCAAGAACACAUUUUACCAAGCUCAUGGAGGGAAAGUAUGAAACAAUUCUCAAUCAUGUUAAAGAUACUCUCAAAUCAGCAAGUGGGAAGAUCGCCCUGACAGCCGAUGCAUGGACCAGUCUCGCCACCGAAGCAUACCUGGGCAUUACUUGCCACUAUUUAAGAGAUGACUGGGUAUUCAAAAAGUACUGCCUGACAACAAUGCCACUUGAGGAACGACACACAGGUGCAAACAUCGCAGGGUGGAUUGAGGAGGCUUUAGAAAAGGUUGGACCCGUCUGCUUGAACAAAGAUGGCCCGUUACUGCCACUUUAUCAGAUCCAACAGCAACACAGCAAGGUAAAAGGUACCUGGAUCUUAAACCCGAUCAGUGGACCCUCUUGGAACACCUUGCAAACGCUCUUGAGCCAUUUGAAUGUGCCACUGUGUUCUUGAGCGGGGAAAGCUACGUGACGAUCUCUACCCUCCCUCCUCUGUACAGAGGGCUAUUGAAGUCCACCAGCAUUGCCUAUGAUGUAGCGCCAGUGCAGGCUUUUCAGACUGCUGCCUCAUUGGAGAUGACUGAAUACUGCUCUGAUGUGGUCAGUGUCACAGAUGAUGAUGAUCCAAGCAAGCACAUCAUUGCAGCUGCACUAGACCCAAGGUUCCGGAAACUGAAAUUCCUAACACCACAGAAGUUGUUCAGCGUGCAGAGUAAACUACAAGAUCUAGCUCUACAGAUUGCCUUUGAGAAGAACCAGCCCAGCACAGGGGAGUCCACACCAUCAGAUGAUCUGCAUUCAACAUCCAGGCAUGAAUCAACUCUCGAUUCGCUUCUUGGAUGCGAUUCAGAUGGUGAUGAGAGUGAGACAGAUCAGCAGGCAUCACAUGAACAACUAGUCAGUAAUGAAGUGCUGAUGUACUUUGCUGAGCCACCAAUCUUGAAGAAACAGUGUCCCCUGUCCUGGUGGAAGCUCAAUGAGACCAAGUACCCCACACCGGCAAUUUUAGCCAAGUCAUUCUUAUGCAUUCCUGCUACCUCCACACCAUCGGAACAGCUAUUCUCUGUAGCUGGGAACGUUGUCUCUAAGAAGAGAGCUAGUCUUGACCCAGAUCACGUGGACAUGCUGACAUUCAUGCACUGCAAUAAGCCAUAAGUUUAAAUCCUUUCCUACUUUUUGUUUACAUAUGGCCUUAUUUGACCACUUUAAGUCACUUUAAGACACAACAAUGUCACUUACCUCAGUUUUUCAAUUUUCUUAAUGUCCAUGGCCAGUUUGUGGUUUCUCAAGUUACUGGAUGUUAACUCAGUGUUUACAUUGUGUCCUGUUGCGAGGAUGCUACCUUUUAAUACUUGAUAGGCUCUUGCACUUUAUUUUCACUUGUGAAAUGACUUUAAUAUUUAUUUUAUUUGAGCCAUAUACGUGCAUUUAUUAAAAUCAGUGUAAGCUGUUAAGCUUUUAGUUUUUUGGUGCUGUUGUCAUUCUUUUCAUUUAUUUACUAAGAGACUUUAUGUUGACCGAUACAGGUUGGAGCAAGUGAAGUCGGGGCAGAAAUAAUCGCUGACUAAUCGGAAACUGAAUCUACAGAUUAGUCGACUACUAAAAUAAUCGUUAGUUGCAGCCCUAAAGGAUUAUUAGCCUCAGUAAUCCAGGGACAUACACUAUAUGGCCAGAUGUUUGUGGACACCUGACCAUCACACUCAUAUGUGCUUCCUGAACGGUGGGGAUCUGUGUUCAUUCAGCUACAAGAGCAUUAGUGAGGUCAGGCGCUGAUGUUGGGAUGUCGAGGAGGUCUGGGGUGCAGUCGGUGUUCCAGUUCAUCCCAAAGGUGUUCAGUGGGGUUGAGGUCAGG